AUGCCGCCCCGCGCCCUACACCGCGCCGCCGCCGCCGCUCCGCUCCCGCUCCGGAGCCCCGCCCCUCCUGCCGCCCAUUGGCUGCGCGCGGAGCCACCGCCCGCCCCUCAGCCCCGGGCCCCGCCCCGCGAGCCCCCCCGCCGCCCGGUCGGGCCGCUCGGGGCUCGCCAUUGGGCCGUGCGCCCGGGGUCCCGCGCGCCGGCGCCGCUGAUUGGCCGCCGGGGCUUCAUUCACUGCCCCCCUACGGUCCGCGUACACACUCACGCCCCGGGGGCGCGGCCGCCACGUGGGGAGUGGCGCGGGGGCGGCACCGGGACCGCACCCCCUCUCGUCCGGGCUGCGUGGGCCCCGCGCUCGCCCCGCGCUGGCGCCUCCGAACCCGGCGGGUCCCACACUCUGCGCGAGCCGGAGCCCCGCUCGCCUCCCGCCGGCGGGAUCGCGCGCCCCGGGAAGCCACCCCGCCGCAGAGCCGCUGCCGGCUGGCUGCGGUUCCCGCGGGGUCCGGGCGGCUGUGAGCGCCAGGCGGUAUUUGGGUCCGCGGCCCGGUUCCGACUCGGACGCUCACCUCCAGGCCCGGCGCCCAGGCCCGUUUCUUCCUCCGCACCCCGCGCGUCCACUCCGCCGACCUCCGCGGCCCCGAGGAGCGCGUCGCACGGGUUCCGGGCCGGACCGGUUCGGCGGCACGCCUCGCGCCGCCCUGCGUUCUCCCGGGCGUCCCGGCCCAGGGCCUCUGAGCCGUCACAGGGACCCAGAUUUUUCAACUGUGUGACUGCUGCAGGCGAAACGGCUGUAAGGAACCCCAGGACGCGCAGGCCCUGGGCUGCAGAGAGCGUGAGAAACCCUGCUGUGUGUCUCUGCUUGCAGUCACAUCUCCUUUGCAGUCUCCGCUCUGCACGCUUGAGAGUCCAGCCUGCAGGCUGCGUGUGCAGGCCCUUCUGCCAUCUGCCACUGGUGAAUGCGCAGAUAUAUAGAACCGGCAUGGAUGAUGGACAACACGGAGACAGGCACGCGUAGGGAGGACAGCUGCGGCAUGGAGAGUGACAGAAUGGAGGCUGUGGUGACAGUGGCACUGCACCUGCCCGGGAGCUGCCGUCAAAGUACUCGGACUCGUAUCCGGACCUCAGCACUGACGUGCUCCGGGAAAAUGGAGCAGGGCUAUUUAUAAUGGUGAUAAAGCCAAACUGUUGAAACUGUUCACAGAGCCAUUUGACUCGCAUUCGUGUUCUAUGUCUCGGCAGUUGUAUUAAAAAUAAAAUGAAAUAAAAAUAAAAAUAAAAUGACAUGCAAA